AUGAAGGCUGGACCUCCCGACUUACACGCCAACGAUGGGACCUCAGACUCCGCCGCGGGUGGCAGCAGCGAAGAGCUGGCCGUGAUCCAGCCCAAGAAGGGGACGAAGGUCGUAGAGCUUCGGGCUCACCCGGCGGGUCAGAGCUUCCCGACGGGAGCUACCGCCUUCUCCGCCGAACACGAUGAUCUCGAGAGGAGCCGGUCGUCGAGCCCUGUGCGAAGCCGUGACGUUAUGGAGAAGCUCCCCAGCGUUUGGGAGCCCUUUAUGAACCGGUUCCGCCUGUUGGCCGUCUGUGUUGCUAGUGUUAUAGGCGGGCUGAACGACGGGGCCUUUGGUGCCCUGAUUCCGUAUAUCCAGUCGUAUUAUGGCAUCGACUACGCCAUGGUCUCGAUGAUUUUCGUGGGACACGCCAUUGGGUUCAUCUUUGCCGCCGCAUUUUUGGAUUCCUUGCGAGACAAACUCGGCCGGGGCAAGGUUCUGGGGUUAGGCCAGGCGUUGAUGUUGUUGGGAUACCUGCCAGUGGUGUUCACUGCCCCCUUUGCUGUUGUUGCUCUGAGUUUCAUAUUCGUGGGCUUUGGCAUUGCCACCAACGACGCUGUGGGCAACGUCUUCUGCGGCGGUCUACAGAAUGGCACCUUUAUGCUCGGGCUGCUGCACGGCUCGUUUGGCCUUGGAGGUAUGAUGGGUCCUCUGAUAGCUACCACACUAAUGACUGUCGCUGAGACGGUAUGGAGCCGGUAUUACAUCGUCACUCUUGGGCUGAUCGUCAUCUGCGUCGGCCUUUCGCUCUGGGCCUUCAACAACUACGAGAAGGAACAAGGCUCACCGGCCAACGAGCCCCUUGAAGCUUCACCCCUCCUGGGCGUGUACUCUACUCUUAACUCGAGAGUCAUUCUUCUCGGAUCCAUCUUCAUCUUCGCCUACCAAGGUGCCGAGGUGUCUAUUUCGGGUUGGGUCAUCUCAUUCCUCAUCACUGCUCGUGACGGCGACCCUUCGUCUGUCGGGUAUGUCACGGCCGCCUUCUGGGCAUGCAUUACCAUCGGGCGGGUCGCCCUCGCAGGCCCGGCCCAGCGCAUAGGCGAGAAAUUGUUCAUCUACUGCCUGACGCUCGGUGCCCUAGCCUUCCAGGUCCUCGUGUGGGCCGUGCCGAAUAUCGUAACCAACGCCGUGGCCAUUUCCAUCGUUGGCCUCAUGUUGGGACCCAUCUACCCCUGCUCGGCUGCGGUGUUCUUGCGGAACAUGACGAGGCGGGAGGCCGUGUCCGGUAUGAGCACCAUCAGCGCCUGCGGGAGCCUUGGGGGUGCCGUUGCCCCUUUCAUUACGGGGUUGUUGGCGCAGGCGGUUGGGACGUCUGUCCUGCACCCGAUUGCUAUUUCUAUGUUCAUUGUCAUGCUGAUAUGUUGGUGGGAAAUACCCUCUGAAGACAAGAGGUCGGAGUGA